GACAAAUUGUCAUUCCCCUCUGGCACAGGCAGGUCUCAGCAGCUGGCUUGGUGCUCUUUUCAGCUGCCCACCAUGGCCCCGGGGCUGCCCAGCACCACCAGCCUAGCUUGCUUCUGCCAGAAGCUGAACCGGCUGAAGCCACUGGAGGGGUCCUCCAUGGAGACAUCGCUGCAGCGCUGCCUGUCCACACUGGACCUGACCCUGCUGGGUGUGGGUGGUAUGGUGGGCUCGGGCCUAUAUGUGCUUACAGGCACCGUGGCAAAGCAGAUGGCCGGCCCUGCUGUGCUGGUGUCCUUCAGUGUGGCUGCUUUGGCUUCCCUCCUGGCUGCCCUAUGCUAUGCAGAGUUUGGGGCGCGUGUGCCCCGCACGGGCUCUGCCUACUUGUUCACCUACGUGUCCAUGGGCGAACUGUGGGCCUUCCUCAUAGGCUGGAAUGUGAUCCUUGAGUACCUCAUUGGUGGCGCCGCUGUGGCCCGUGCUUGGAGUGGCUACCUGGACUCCAUGUUCAGCCAUCGCAUCCGCAACUUUACCGAGGCCCAUGUGGGCGUCUGGCACAUCCCCUUUCUAGCCCACAACCCAGACUUCCUGGCUGCUGGCAUCAUCCUUUUGGCCUCUGCCUUGGUCUCCUGUGGAGCUCGCAUCUCCUCCUGGCUCAACCACGCCUUCUCUGCCAUCAGCCUGGUCAUCAUCCUCUUCAUCAUCAUCAUGGGGUUCAUCCUGGCCCACCCACACAACUGGAGCCCUGAGGAGGGUGGCUUUGCACCUUUUGGCUUCUCUGGCAUCUUGGCCGGCACUGCCACCUGUUUCUUUGCCUUUGUGGGCUUUGAUGUCAUUGCUGCCUCCAGCGAGGAGGCCCGGAACCCGAAGCGAGCCGUGCCUAUAGCCAUUGCCAUGUCGCUUGGCCUCGUGGCUAGCGCCUACAUUCUCGUCUCCACCGUGCUCACCCUCAUGGUGCCCUGGCACAGCCUGAAUCCUGACUCAGCCCUUGCCGAUGCCUUCUACCAGCGGGGCUACAGCUGGGCUGGCUUCAUUGUGGCAGCUGGUUCUAUUUGCGCCAUGAACACUGUUCUGCUCCUCAACAUCUUCUCCGGGCCACGAAUCCUCUAUGCCAUGGCCACCGAUGGGCUCUUCUUUCAGGUGUUUGCCCACGUGCACCCCCGGACACAGGUUCCCAUGGUGGGCAUCCUGGUGUUUGGGGUCCUCAUGGCUUUCAUGGCACUGCUGCUGGACCUCGAGGCACUGGUCCAGUUCUUGUCCAUUGGCACACUGCUGGCCUACACCUUUGUGGCCACCAGCAUAAUUGUGCUACGCUUCCAGAAGUCUCCUUCGUCUAGUUCCCCAAGCCUGGCCAGCCCUGGCCCUGUGGCCAAAGAGUACAACUCCUUCCAAGACCACACCCAGCUGGUGGGCCCUGAGCAGUCCUUGGCUCCUGAGCCCGGGCAGCUGCGGCCAGCCCUGAGGCCCUACUUGGGCUUCCUGGAUAGGUGCAGCUCUGGAUCCACUGUGGCUUGGGCACUUGGUGUCAUGGUGGCCUCAGCCAUCACCCUGGGCUGUGUGCUAGUCUUUGGGGUCUCGGCCCUGCACCUCCCGAACUGGGGCUACAUCCUGCUGCUCCUGCUCAGCACUAUUGUGUUUGUGCUCAGUCUCCUCGUCCUGGGAGCCCACCAGCAACAGCGCCAGCAGGACAUCUUCCAGAUCCCCUUGGUGCCCCUGACUCCAGCGCUGAGCAUCCUUCUCAACAUCUGCCUCAUGCUGAAGCUGAACUACCUGACCUGGCUGCGCUUCUCCAUCUGGCUGCUGAUCGGACUCAUGGUGUAUUUCGGCUAUGGCAUCUGGCACAGCAAGGAGAACGAUCAGGAGCUGCAGCAGCCAGCUACUGCACGCUAUGUGGUGUUCCCCAACGGCAGCCUGGAGGAGAGGGUGCAGGCUGUACAGCCCCCCAGCCAGGCACCGAAGCAGGCCACCAGUCCAUGA